AUGAAGAAGGUCACAACAAUUGUUUCAAUAGUUUUGAUCUCGCUACUUUGUUUCCACGAACUCGUCUACGUUUCUUCGUCACCUUUCUUAUACGCAAGCCAGGUCUAUGAGGAAUCUUCUGCUGAAAGAAAACUUGAACAGGGUCGGGAACAUGCUCAAGAAUUGCAUUGCUCCAGGGAGAGAAGUAGGGCAGCUCGGAAAGUGAUAGACGAGUAUUUGACACCAUUUGUGGAACGAGAAAACUACCAGCUUUUGAGUAAAUGCAGACUUCACCCUGAAAAUGAUAUAUUCAUGGAUCAGGAAGAGCAUAAAAUCUUCAUAAAUACACACGAAUGGCGGUGUGGAUAUUGUAAGAAAAGCUUUCGGGAAGAGAAAUUUCUCGAUCAGCAUUUUGAUAACAGACACUACAAUCUUCUGAAUCUAAGUCAUGGUAAAUGCUUGGCUGAUGUAUGUGGGGCGAUGCAUUGUGAUGCUGUGAUGAAUUUCAGAUCCUCCAGAAGCAAGUGCAAUCCGACAGCUGCUGCAAGAAACCGUCAUCUAUGUGAGAGUCUUGCGGACAAUUGUUUUCCUAUUAGUGAGGGUCCUUCAGCAGGCCGCCUUCAUGAAUUAUUUCUGCACCAAUUUUGUGAUGCUCACACUUGCUCAGGGAAAAAUAAACCCUUCUCUCGAGGAGGCAAGGAUCAAAGUAGUUUCUUUCGCCUGGCUGCUGGAGCAUUGAUCUUGGUGCUACUUCCUGUGUUCUAUCUUUUUCUUUAUUUGGUACAAAGUGAUGCGAAGAAUCGAACACAAGAGCUUCGUCGGAUUUCAAAAGCUCAAUGGAAAGCCAAACCGUCAUGA